AUGGAUGAACUACUUGAAAAAUGUUUGGAAAUUCAUAAAUAUUGUUCUGAUGAAGCAGGUGAAAGUAGAGGGGCACCUGGACCGAUUGGUCCGCCAGGUGAUGUUGGAGCACCUGGACCUGAAGGAAUUGCUGGACGAAUGGGAGAGUGUCCACAACUUCCUGGACGAGGGUCAAUUGGAGGAUAUGGAGAUAUGACUGGUGGAGGUGUAUUUAAUGAUGGACUACCAAAAGUUGUUGAAAGAUUGUUGCCUUUAGUUGUUGAAUUGAUGCUUGAAAAUGAAACGGAAACUGAUGCUUGUUUACGUAUAUGUACAGCAACAAAUUUGACUGAAAGCCGAAUUCUAGAAGAGCGUCAACGUAUGCCGAUAAGUACAGAAGCAGCUUAUAUUCAAGGGGCAACAGCUCAUUGUUUUUUGGAUGGAGUUGGAAGGUCUAUAUUCCAUGCCCAUGCAAACACAUUUUUCGGUUCUUGGAUGAGAGAAGCUGAUCUUCGUCGUGGAUUUCUCUCGCAAACUCAUGAACUGCCUCAUUCAUUUCGAGGAACAAAUUCUUUAAUAUUCAAUAGUUCCUUUUAUUUUCAUCGUGCUGGAACUCCUUUAUUAGCUAAAUAUGAACUAACAACAAAACAUUAUGAAGAAAAAUUGAUUGCUGAGGGAAUGGCAUUUAAAGGGGAAGAUUAUUUGUUCAAUGAAUCUAAAAGUUUUAUGGAUAUUGCAGUUGAUGAAAAUGCUCUAUGGGUCCUUUUCCAUUAUAAAGGAAAUAAUAAUUUAAGUGUUGCAAAAUUAGAUAUUAAUAAUUUGACUGUUUACGAAAUUUGGAAUAUUUCUACGAUUGACCACAGGAAAGUGUCUAAUGGUUUUGUACUUUGUGGAGUUCUUUAUUUAAUUAAAAGUUCGUCAAUACCGGCAACUGAAAUAUCUGCAGCAUUUGAUUUUUACAGAAACAAAUAUUUUCAACCAAAAAUAAAUUGGAAAAAUCUUUAUGGAAAUUCUAAUUAUAUUAAUUAUAAUCCGUUUGACAGACGUAUUUAUAUUUAUGAUCGUGGAUAUCUAUUAAGUUUACCUGCAAGAAUAAAUUGGAGAACUCGAUGA